GCCACCAUGAAUCUCGACGCUGAAAAUCGCGUCGUGCUCAACGUAGGAGGAAUACGCCACGAGACGUACAAGGCCACCUUGAAGAAAAUCCCGGCCACACGUCUCUCGAGGCUGACGGAAGCGCUCGCCAACUACGAUCCCAUACUGAACGAGUACUUCUUCGAUCGACAUCCAGGCGUAUUCGCUCAAAUUCUAAAUUACUACCGAACGGGCAAGCUGCACUAUCCGACCGAUGUGUGCGGGCCGCUGUUCGAAGAGGAACUCGAGUUCUGGGGGCUCGACGCCAAUCAGGUCGAGCCCUGCUGUUGGAUGACGUACACCCAGCACAGAGACGCCCAAGAAACAUUGGCCGUACUCGAUAGACUAGACCUCGAUACAGACAAACCGAGCGACGAGGAAAUUGCUCGAAAAUUCGGCUUCGAAGAGGACUACUACGCCGGACGUAUUACGUGGUGGCAGAAAACCAAACCGAAAAUGUGGUCCCUGUUCGACGAGCCGUACUCGUCGACGGGGGCGAAGGUGAUCGGAGUUAUGUCUGUGUUUUUCAUCUGCAUCUCGAUUCUAUCUUUCUGUCUGAAAACGCACCCCAACAUGAGAGUUCCCGUCAUCAAGAAUAUCACGGUGCGGACGUCGAACAAAGAGACGGCCUGGACUCUCGAUAAGCAACAAACGAAUCCCCACGAAGCGUUCUUCUACAUAGAGGUAGUUUGCAAUGCGUGGUUUACGAUAGAGAUUCUCUCACGUUUCAUAGCUUCGCCGUCGAAGCUAGUUUUCGUGCGCGGUGCCGUCAACAUCAUCGAUUUCACGGCCACGCUAUCGUUCUACAUAGAUCUGGCUCUGCAGCGGUUCGCCUCACAUCUCGAGAACGCCGAUAUUCUCGAGUUUUUCUCUAUAAUCCGUAUAAUGCGACUGUUCAAAUUGACGCGGCAUUCCGCCGGUCUGAAAAUCCUCAUCCAGACGUUCAAAGCGAGUGCCGGAGAGCUCAUACUUCUGGUAUUCUUCCUUGUGCUGGGUAUUGUGAUAUUUGCCUCACUUGUCUACUACGCGGAGAGAAUUCAAACGAAUCCCAACAAUGAUUUCAAUAGCAUCCCACUGGGCCUGUGGUGGGCUCUAGUGACGAUGACCACGGUGGGCUAUGGCGACAUGGCCCCGAAAACAUACGCCGGUAUGUUCGUGGGCGCACUCUGUGCCUUGGCUGGAGUGUUGACGAUUGCGCUUCCAGUACCUGUUAUAGUGUCCAAUUUCGCUAUGUUCUACUCCCAUACGCAAGCGAGGGCGAAACUGCCUAAAAAGCGGCGUCGCGUGCUGCCCGUCGAAGUACCCCGAGGGCCUAAUCGCAGGGGCGGGACUCAUGACGUCAAAGGAGCCUCGAUAGGCAACAAGUUUGGACAACAAGGUACAGAAGAGACUCAGCCUCCUCGACCGCCUCUGAAGCCUCGGGCUCCUGUUCUGCAAGAGGAAUAUAUACCCAUGCUUUCGAUUAACCACGCAGAGGGUUUGAAUCCUAAACCUCGACGGCCCAGCGACCAAAAACCCGGCUCGAGCUGCGUCACCAGUGCGGGUCCGCAACCAUCGACGAGCGCCGCCGCAUCAGGUACCAUCGCUCCACCGACGACGAGUCCCACUACGCCGGGACCCAGCACGUCAAAAGGCUCUCCCGAUUUGUUCCCACUUCAGUUAGCGGCCUAA